GCGCCGCUCAGUCCGAACUCGGGGUUCACUCAGUCCACGAACGUUUGCCACGAGACUUCGAUCUCUCACACCGCAUCGCACACGCUAUCUCUGUCUCUCUUUCUCUGUCUCUCUAUUCACCCGCCUCAUAUCUCUCUCUCUUUCUUUCUCCACUUUUUCCUUUUUUCCCGCUUGGCGGACGGAGAGCCAAGCUGGUGACCGGGGAGGCGCGCGUAGUAACCGUGCAUCGGUCUACGUCAACGGGAGUCUUGCCGUAGUACCCUCGUGCUUUCGGUUACUCCGACCCAUAUAAUCGUCGUGCUGCGACCCCCGUUCGUCCGCUUCGACCGGCUGCGGAUCUACCUGCGGCGCAGCGAGGUUUCCGUGACUUUGAUAGCGGUGUGAUAACCACAAAGCAACAUAAUGGCUGCGUUUGUGGCGAAGCAGAUGGUCGGGAACAAGCUCAAUGCGGUUAAAGGUGCGGUAGGCGGCGAAGGAGGUGACGAGGAUGACAAGGAAAAGGAAGAGGAGGCCGAGAGGGAGAGGCAGGAGGCCAUUAGGGAAGCCGAGGAGCGGAGAAAGGAAAAACAUCGCAAAAUGGAGGAAGAACGAGAGAAGAUGCGGCAAGAGAUCAGAGAUAAGUAUAAUAUAAAGAAAAAGGAGGAGGUGCAGGAGAUGCCACAGGAAGAGCCUAAUCCUCUGAUGCGAAAGAAGAAAACACCAGAGGAAUUGGCGGCCGAAGCUGAAGCCGAAGACGAAGACGAGUUCACCAAACUGAGAAAUACGAUAGAAACGCAAGUGAACGAGAUCAAAUCGCAAAUUGAAAGUAAGUGCAGCCUCCAAUGAGCCUAUUGCAUUGUGCGGUUCGUGAGAAAGAUGACGAUGACGUACGUCGUUGUCGGACUCGCGUCCGCCCUGCUGCCCAAAGGAGCAAGGGAGGAAGGGGUAGCGGAAGAGAUAACGAAGCAACGAGAAAGAGGAAAACUGAUACGUGAAGUCACCAACAUUGGAACGCCAUCGUCGUGUCGAUCAAUCGGAGAUCAAUUUCAACAGUCGAUUGGUCGAUCGUUGCUUAAAGUAAAGUGAACGACGAAAAUGAGCCAGACGAUGUCCCAAGGAUUUUUCAAGGAUUCUCAGAGGAUUUUUCAUUGCCGUCACAUUUGGAUGCAACUUCAAAAAUCGAAAAGAUCCUGUCGAGAAUUUUGUCCCGUACGAGAUUUAAAGUAAAGGGAUGAAAGAAGAAUUACCCCUUUCGCGGAGAGAAACAAACGCCAAACAGAUUUCAUCAGAAGAGUCAAAUGAUAUAAAAUACCGAAAAUUUACGCAAGCCGCAAGAAAUUAGACAAUAGAAGCUGAAAUUUGAGAAAGACAUUUUAUUAAAAUUUGAUAACUGGAAUUGCGGAAGAAAAUAAUUAACUGAGCAUACGAAACUAAAACUUAAAAACGGAUUGAAUUCUGCAAAAAAAAUCUUUAAGGAAUUAAAAAAUGCAAUUAUAUCGAUACUGAUAACUUAUCAGUGAUGCCAGUAAAGUUAAAAGAAAUCAUUCGCUAGGAACGUAACAAUAAACUUUAAAGAAAUAUUUAUUAUAAAUAUCUUAACAAAAGUAUUAGCCGCAAAAUAAACAGUACAGCAUGUUGUUAAAUUUACGGUAAAUAGAAGAAAAAAGAGAGAAAACAAAAUAAAUCAACGGAAUGAAAGAAACGAGAUUGAAAGAUGCUUGUUGAGAAAAUACAAAGACCAAUUCUCUCAAUUCCUACGAGCAGACAAACCUCGUGUUAGAAUUUGGAAGAAAUUCUCGACAGACAUCCCGUUGUUCUUUCACACAAAACGAAGAGAUCCAGGCAUUGACGACGUUGAAGAAAAGUAAAGUCGAUCAUAAAAAAAAGAAAAGAAAAUUGAUACCAACGAUUAUCUUGAAGAUCGCGUAACCAAAUGUCGCGGAGAAGAAUUAAAAAUUUGAAAGCCUAAUCUCAUUUGAUUCGGAAAUAAACAAUACGACGAAACGAGAGAACGUGUGUAAAAAAAAAAAAAAAA